CUCUCAAUCUUUUAUACUCUUUUCCUGUUCUCCGAGUGAUAAACUUGAGGGUUAAUUUUAACAAUGAGCUGCAGCGGUUGCAGAGUUCUGAGAAAAGGCUGCAGCGACUCCUGCGUUCUCCGGCCAUCUAUUGUUUGGAUUGAGGCUGCUGAAGCUCAAGCUCAUGCUACCGUCUUCGUUGCCAAGUUCUUCGGCCGCGCUGGUCUUCUCUCUUCUCUCUCUUCCGUCCCUGAAUCUCAGUGCCCUGGUAGCUCUUUCCGAUCUCUUCUACUAGAAGCCUGCGGCCGAGCGUGAACCCACUCAACUGGAGGAGGACUACUUUGGACGGGAAACUGGGACGCAUGUGAGGCGGCAGUAGAUUUCGUCCUCAGAGGAGGAAUCCCUCGGCCCAUGGCGCCUGAGCUCGGCGUGAGCACUGCAAAUGGGCUUACUAGAUUGGAGCCUGGCCCAAUUACAUCAUCGUCGACAUCGAAGAAGAAAGAAAAGCUGAUAUCUCUUGGUCAGUGCUUGACAAGGAGACCGAAGCGACGACGAACAGCGACACCAUCGGAUGAGUCGGCCAUGACUAGUGAGUUACGCAGGGAUGAGGCUCAGUUCGAUGAGGAACAGACACAGCUUUUAGAUCUAUUUGUUUGAAUUUGAUGGUACUGAGAAUGAUUUGAUGAGCGUUUAAUUUGUUGGGUUUCGAAUUUUGAGCGCAGGAUGUGACAAAUUCAACAAAUUCAAGUGCGUGGAGUAGAAACUAUAUAGUCGAUCAUGAUCUCCGUGAUUCAAAGAUUGUCUAUUAAACUUGUAGGUUAUAGGGUUGAAUACGAAUGAAGUACUGAUCUAAAGAUUAUUUUAAUUUUGGGUUAAUUACUUGCACAUAGGCCUCC